GGUAGGGUAUACUCAUCAGUGCAUCCUGAGGUGCUUUAGUAAGGAAUUAAGUCAAAGAGUUGUGGGUUAUCUGUAAACAUUAACUCUAUUCCUCACCUCAGAACAUACCUUAGAUGAAUCAUAAAAUAGCUCAACCAUUAGACUUGGUUUUACAAGAGCUCCAUCUUUGCUUCCAUUUGUCUCUGCAUCCAUCAGCUAAAAUCCAGACCACUCCAUCAUGACGAGAACAACUUAAAAUCUAUCUGCAUGAGUCUGAGCUUGCACCAGAACCACUGUUAUGAGUCUAUGUGUGUUUUUAUUUCCAACAGUAGAUGACUUGCAGGCAGACAUCCCGGCAUUUCAGAGGAGUGGAAGGUCUGGAUCUGUCAGCCAUACAGAAAUACAAUUACUUACUUCCCUUUUCUGUGUAAAGUUAUUGCCAAUUUUACAACUUUGUUGCCAUAACGAUGUAAUGUCAACAAACCCUGAAACCCUAAAAUGACUGUAAAAACAACAAUUUAAACAAUUUUACAACCCGAAUAAUGCACAAGUUUUAACAGAAGAAUUCAUAUAAGUUAUUUUAUAAAAUUAUGAGUUUCACAUUUCUGUGUUUGAACACUCAUUUCUGUGUUUGAACAAAAACUGGCACCAUUGACUUCCACUGUAAGUGCCCCACUGUAGCCUUGACUGUCUGAAAGAGUCCAAAUACAUUUUUGGGGUCCACUUUUAAGAAUGUGGUGUGUGUUUGGGAAUUUUAUAAUUAUCCAGUCUAUACGAGGACAUUGAGAAGACUUUAUGUAGUUGUUCUAUUAUAAUAUAUUUAUAAAUAUCCCCAUGAAUUAUAUAACGUCCCCAUGAAGAUAUUAUCAUAAUAUCACAAGUAUCUGCUAUACACUGAGAAGUUGCAUACAAUUUGUGUGGACAUUUUGAGGAUGGCCAAACAUCUGGAGAUCUCACUAUAAGCAUUUGUGUUUUGUUAGUGAGUGUAAGGGUGUGAACGUGAAGUGUGCGUGUGUGUGUGUGCUUUUGUGUGUGCGUGUGUGUGUGUGUGUGUGUGUGUGUGUCAUUCAGUGGUCCUAAAUGCAUAAGAGCAAAUUAUUAAUCCCCUUCUUUAUUCUGGACACUAGAUCCUUUCAACAGGACAGAGAUUUACUCCUUUUUCAAUGUGCAAUGGGAGUGUCCUGUCCAAAUCAAGGAUCUUCUAUAUCCAUUUUUUUUUCACUUCUGCAUCAUAAAGUGUCAAAAACAGAAUCCAGAUGUUUAAACAGAUGUCGCCUGGUUACUAUGUAAAGGGUUACUUCCCUUUCAUUUAUUGUAACGUGAUAUACAGUUCAGGGAGAGAGAAUUAAAUAAAAAAUAGAGAGAUUCAUGGUACUGCUGGAACAUUUAUUGUGAUUAACCCUCUAACAACAUUGUGGCUUCCACCAAUUUUUGCAUUCCCACCUCUCAUUCCACCUUUUAUGGGUCUGGACUAGUCUCCACCAGAGUCUCCACCAGUGCAAAAUGACAGCCAGAUGAUGUGCAUUGCCCCAGGGCGGCCUAGAUUAACGAGGUGUAAAAACAUCAUUCAGUGUCAAGAAAGUCAUCCCUCAAAGCUAUUCCAUUGCCCUUGCAGCCAAGAAAGAGUUAAAUAUCUCUAAGCCACCUGUGAAGCUGCUUGGAUGGUGUCAUAGUUGAACCAGUGCGCCCACCCCUCCCCCCCCCCCCCCCAAGAAAAAAGUGCUGUGCUUGCAAUAAGUAUUCUGUGCAUGCUUUCAGAAGGCAAAUCCACUCGCAUCUUCAAAACAUUUGCACACCCCCUUAUCCAACUCGACCAGCUGAUGUCAAAGGUUUGGCCUUGGGGAAGUAACUGACAAAAUAGAAAUCUAAAAAGGCUCUGUCUUCUGAUGCAUGUCAGGGCCAUAAAGAAAGUGAGGGGAGCUGCAGACUGGACAGGGAGAGCAAGCAGACCGAGAGACUGACUACAAGCCAGAAACUAGAACCAGACACUGUACAUCCACCUGCGCAAACCAACAUUAGCUCUAUGACUGUGAUACCCAGGUUUAACCUAACCAUGGCAUGGCUCAUGGUUACAUUCACAGCCUUACUUUUGGCCAGUCAAGUUAGUUCUCAGGAAAUGCUCUAUGAGCACCUGAUGGCUCAGCUCCAAGCAUGUCCGAAAGAAUGCCGCUGCCCUCCUAGCUUCCCUAAUGCUGUUUACUGUGACAACAAAGGCCUGAAACGCAUGCCUGUCAUCCCUCCCUACACCUUGUACCUGUAUCUUCAAAACAACCUCAUUGAUGUCCUCUCAGCUGAUGCUCUGCGCAAUGCCACACAGCUAAGGUGGCUCAACCUCAGCCGCAACAAAAUCACCAGCGAAGGCUUGGAGGUUGAUGCUCUUAGGGUCAUGCCCAACCUUGUACACCUCUACAUGGAAGACAAUUUGCUGACUUCAAUUCCAUCUCCUCUGCCUGCCAGACUUGAGCAGUUACGGCUCUCCCAGAACAGAAUUUCCAAAAUCCCUGCUGGUGUCUUCUCUGGGAUGGACCAUCUCACCUUGCUGGAUCUGCAAGGCAACAAGCUACAGGAUGAUGCGGUAACUGAGGUCAGCCUGAAAGGUCUCAGCAACUUGGUCCAGAUCAAUUUGGCAAAGAAUCAGCUAAACAGCAUGCCCCUCGGCCUGCCACCCACAACUUCACAGAUCUUCUUGGACAGCAACAACAUUGAGAAGAUCCCUGCUGAUUAUUUUAAAGGUCUUCCCAAGGUGUCUUCUCUCAGGCUCAAUCGCAAUAAGCUGGGCACAGGAGGGAUCCCAAAAAACGUGUUUAAUCUUUCCAGCAUCCUGGAUCUACAGCUCUCUCACAAUCAGCUCACUGAGGUGCCCAUCAUCUCCUCUGGCCUGGAGCAUCUUUAUCUGGAUCACAACAAGAUCAAGAGUGUGAAUGGCUCUGACAUAUGUCCAACUCCUGCAGGGGACCUUGAUGAGUACUUUGAUGAGAGUAGUCCUCGUCUCCGCUACCUUCGCCUUGAUGGUAACGACAUCAAACCCCCUAUUCCACAGGAUCUGAUGAUGUGUUUUCGUCUCCUCAGGGCUGUUGUCAUAUAAAGGACUCAUACCUGCUGGAGAAUCUUAUCUGUUGCAUCUACCAGAACUAAAAGACUUGAAAAGGACUUUUUGGGAAGUCUUAGAUUGAAUAUUGAACUCUAUAAGUACCCUACUGAAAAGACCAGCUCAGACCAGCAUGAAUUUCCAAGAGUGGUUAAUGCUGGUCUGGUGCUGCUGUAGCUAGUGGACCAGCAUAGCCAUGCCAUUUACCAGCAAAACUAAACUGGUAUAUUCUGGUGACUACCUUUGCUGGCCUUUUCAGUAGAGUAGAGAUUUAUAAGACUAGUUCUUAUGUGUAUUAGAUGGUUUUUAAUGUGGUUGUAUUAUAAAACCACUGUGCCUUCUUUUAAUUUUAUACAUAUGGAAAACUAGCAAGUCUACCCUGUGGGAAACAUUAUUUGUUAAAUAGUCUAUAUACUGAAGAGGGAUCAAAGAUAAUUGUCCUCAUAUGCAACUAAUGCUAUUUCUCCAUCCGGUGUAGAAGAUAAUUUCAAAUAAAUCCAUCUCAGCAGACAUUGCAAUACCCCAAAACCAGUUUUACCUUUCCACACCAUUCUGGGGUGUGUUUGGACAGCAGAGCUGUGGUCCUUUGUCUUAUUGUGGAGCCAAGAUUUGCUUUACAGUGAAUGUAGUACAUAGUGGUGGUGUAUUAUAUUUCAAGCAUGGUUAAUCUUGGUCACAACAGCAGUAACAGAGUUUGAAAAUAGAUCAGUUUUAGACAUUAUACUUUUCAGAGUUGACAGAGUUGCCUCUGCCAUACAUUUUUCAUUGCAAUUUACAUAUUUUCUUAAAUAUUUAGAUUUUUUUUUAAAGCUGUGAAAUUACUUGCACAGUUAGAGCAUUUAUUUACAAAGAAAAAUAUCCUUUCACAAUCAAUAUUGUCUAGAUUGUUGCUAAAGGUGUUAGUUCCUGAUGACUCUGUAGCAUAUAAUGAUAAUUUAUUUAGUGUUUUAUAUGAACUCAUCUUCAUUCAUUGUCAUUCAUUUUGAGAGAAGCAUUCAUUUUGGGACAUUUUGGGAACAUUUUGACUGUUUUACUAUACUCAUCAGUGACAAUGGUACUACCAGUGAACAUUCUAGACUAAUUUUAAGAUUUAUUUUUCUCUUAAGUCUCAAAUAAUGUGAAUAGUCUUUUUCAACACACAACCGUGACAACAUUUCUUUUUCUUUUUUUUUUUAAUUUAAAACUGCAACCAUCUUAGUAGAAAAACUGACAAAAGUGUAUUUUACUGUGAGAACAGUUAUUAAAAUACCUUUGUCAAAGGUACAAUUCAAGAUGUGAUUUGUUUUGAUUUCCUUGUUUUGAUUAAACUGGUAUUAAUGG